CACAAAACAUAAACACUCAUGAUUAGCCGAAACAUAAGUAGCUGCUCCUCCGCACACCGAGACCGGAACUUCUUCCUCGGCCUCCUCAAAAAGGCCACCACACUCUCUCUCCUCACCCAAACCCACGCCCAAAUCAUCCUCAACGGCUACCAAAACGACGUCGUCACCGUCACCAAGCUCACCCACAAGUUCUCCGACCUCAAGGCCAUACGCCACGCACGUGACCUCGUCUUCUCCUUCCCAAGACCCGACCUUUUCCUCUUCAACGUCCUCAUCAAAGGCUUCGCCACCAAUGCCUCACCUUCGUCUUCGAUUUCUCUCUACACCCACCUCAGAAAAAGCACCACUCUUUGCCCUGAUAAGUACACCUACGCUUUUGCCAUCUCCGCCGCUUCGGGUUUUAGAGAUGAGUUGUAUGGGGUUCUGCUCCACGCGCACUCGGUUGUUGAUGGGUUGGGGUCGAAUUUGUACGUGGGUUCCAUUUUGGUGGACUUUUACUUCAAGUUUUCCAGGGUUGGGAUUGCGCAGAAGGUGUUCGACGAAAUGCCUGACAAGGAUACUGUGCUGUGGAACACGAUGGUUUCUGGGUUGGUGAGGAAUUGUUACUAUGCGGACGCGGUUCGGGUUUUUAGAGACAUGGUUGUGGGUGGGAAUGGUUUUGAUUCGACAACUUUGGCUACAUUGCUUCCUGCGGUGGCGGAGCUGCAGGAGCUGAAUGCAGGGAUGUGGGUGCAGUGUUUGGCUGUGAAAGUUGGGUUUCAUGAUGAUGUUCAUGUGCUUACUGGGUUGGUUUCGUUGUAUUCGAAAUGCGGGGAGCUUGGGACGGCUAGGAUGGUGUUUGGGAUGAUUGGUGAGCCGGAUUUGGUGUGUUAUAAUGCGAUGAUUGCCGGGUAUACUUGUAAUGAUGAAACAGUGUUGGCAGUUGGUCUUUUUAAGGAGUUGCUUGGUUAUGGGGAGAAAGUUAAUUCGAGCACAAUUGUGGGGUUGGUUCCUGUGUCUUCUCCUUUUGGUCAUCUGCAGCUCACUCGCUCUCUUCAAAGUUUCUGUGUGAAAUCUGGCAUUGUUUCGCAUCCUUCUGUUUCGACUGCCUUAGUUACUGUUUACUGUAGACUGAAUGAGAUUGAGUCGGCAAGGCAGCUUUUUGAUGAGUCUGCGAAGAGAACUUUGGCGUCUUGGAAUGCCAUGAUCUCAGGGUAUACCCAAAAUGGGCUAACAGAGACUGCGAUAUCUCUUUUCCGGGAAAUGAUGUCUGAGUUCAGUCCAAAUCCUGUUACGGUUACUACCAUUCUUUCUGCCUGUGCUCAGCUUGGAGCUUUGAGUCUUGGGAAAUGGGUUCAUGGUUUGAUUAAGAGCAAAAAUCUUGAGUCUAACAUCUAUGUGUUGACUGCUCUAGUUGACAUGUAUGCAAAGUGUGGGAGCAUUGCGGAAGCUAGGCAAUUAUUUGACUUGAUGACUGAGAAAAAUGUAGUCACUUGGAAUGCCAUGAUAUCUGGUUAUGGCCUCCAUGGUGAUGGCCAUGAAGCACUGAAACUCUUUAAUGAGAUGUUGGAUUCUGGGAUCCCCCCAAGCGGCGUUUCUUUUCUCUCUGUCUUGUAUGCUUGCAGCCAUGCUGGUUUGGUGAGAGAAGGAGAUGAAAUCUUCCAUAAAAUGGUUCAUAACCAUCAGUUUGUGCCCGUAGCUGAGCACUACGCCUGCAUGGUUGACAUCUUUGGCAGAGCUGGACAGUUAGAGAAGGCCUUGGAAUUUAUAAAGAAAAUGCCGGUUGAGCCAGGAUCUGCUGUUUGGGGAGCCUUGCUUGGUGCAUGUAAGAUACACAAAGACACUAAACUGGCACGUUUGGCUUCCGAAAAGCUACUUGAAUUGGAUCCAGAUAAUACAGGAUAUUAUGUCUUGUUCUCUAAUAUAUUAUCAGCCGACGGGAACUUUCCAAAGGCUGCUUCAGUCCGGCAGGUAGCCAAGCAUAGAAAUUUGGCAAAGACUCCUGGAUGCACUCUUGUUGAGAUUGGUGACACCCCACAUGUCUUCACCUGUGGAGAUCAAUCCCAUCCUCAAGCAACAGAAAUCUAUAAGAUGCUAGACAAGUUAACAGGAAAGAUGAGGGAGACUGGAUUUCAAACUGAAACAGGAACUGCUUUGCAUGAUGUGGAGGAGGAAGAGAAGGAGUUAAUGGUGAAUGUUCAUAGUGAGAAGUUGGCCAUUGCUUUUGCCCUUAUUUCUACUGCACCUGGAACAGAAAUCAGAAUCAUCAAGAACCUACGGGUUUGUUUAGAUUGCCAUAAUGCAACUAAAUUUAUAUCCAAGAUCACAGAGAGAGUUAUUGUAGUUAGAGAUGCUAACAGAUUCCAUCAUUUUAAAGACGGUGUUUGUUCUUGUGGAGACUACUGGUGAACAAGAAGUCAUUCAAUACUGGUUAAGGUGUACCAUGAUGCAAGCAUCUAGUCUGCAGUUUAUUCUUCUCACUGGUAAAGUUUUGUUCUCUUUUCUCUUUAAGUUAAAUUAUAACUGGUCAUCUGAUCAAUUAUCCCAUCUAUAACGUAGUAAGUAAAUGAAGACAACCCUGCAAUUUAUACAUAAAUUGGAAAUUGAAAAAUUGAUUGGAAACAUUUAGUUGCCAGAAGUAAACACUUACAAAUACAAAACUGUAUACAUUUCACUCAAGCUACAAAAAACUUUAUACUCUAGCUUUAUUCACUCUGAUGGAUCUCCUUUCUAUUGGUUCAACUUCAUAAUUUGUAAAGCCAAGAAUUUGUAUCCUCUGGAGAUGCAAAUUUCAAGAAAGACAAAAGAUACAAGUAUUUUCAGCAAUUGAUUCCACAUUGCUUUGUGGUAGGUCCUUUGGUUUUCAACACAAAUGGGUCGAUUCGAACCCAGAGUAAGGAGAAAAUAGAAGCCAGGAGCACAGACCAUAUGACAACAAUUGUUGGCGUACGGUUCUGCCUCCCCAUCAGACCUUUAAGGAAUGGAUAUAGAUGGACAAUCACCCAGAAGGCAAAGAAGAGCUUUCCAAAUAGAGGUCCCCAUGAUUCGUACCCAUUGUUUAUGGCAUCUGAAAUCCCAGCAACUACUCCAACAAGGUUAAUGAUUAAGAUAGUGGUUGGAGGGAUUAGGAGAGUUGUCCAUUUAAAGGCGUACAACUCUCCAAAAUCCUCAUCAUCUGCAGACUUGGCUGUGACAGUGAAGCUGGUGUCAAUUCCAGCCAAGACCUUCAGAAGACCUUGGAUAACAGCGUAGAGGUGAGCUGACACACCGCCAAUCACCCAGAAUUGCUCAUUUCUCCACCAUUCUUCAAUACUCACUCCACUCCAUCUCAGCUCAAGAAUGCCGGUACCAAAGAUUGAAAGGAACAGAGCAAUGAAGAAGAGACUUGCGAAAGUGCUUAUCUGGAAUGAAAUAGAAAUUUGUCAGAUGACAACAUAACAUUUGUCAGAUUUCUGGAAUAAAAUUAUUUAGAUUUCUCAUUGCAUCAGGA